UCGACUAUUCUACUGUGGAGGCUAUGUUGUGCAGUCGUAGCUGGGUUAGGGAAGCCUGGCUAAGGGAAUCAGAGGCUGCUGCUGCUGUGGAGGCAAUGGAUGGACUGUUUACUGGGUUGUCAGUUCACGAUUCAAGUGUAGAAGAUCAGGAAAAUGAGGUCCAGGAACUUCUGAAUCUGGAUUCACCAUUCUCCUUUGAUGACUGAUUAUUGGAACCUCAGAAGAGAAGGGAAUGAAUGUCAAUUUGUCAUGUGCUGCUUGACUGCUUCUGUUCUUCAAAUCUGGUUGCUGCCUUGCUGGUGCCUUUGAGAGUUUGGCUUACUGCCUUUAAGAGUUUGAGUUUGAGUGUGCUUUAUUUGUUCCAAAUUUGAACAAUGGAUUGGUGUGUGGCUUACUGCCUUUGAGAGUUUGAGUUUGAGAGUGCUUUACUUGUUUUUUCUUUGCUACUUAUGACUAUUAGACAGUUGAUGAACUCAUGAACAAUUGAGGAACUCUUGAAAA